AAUUAUCCACAUUAUCCCGACUCUACCAUCGAAAUGCUUUCCGAAAUAUAAGCAUAUUUGCGAACGAAUUUAAAAUCUAACACAUUGUAAUCGCUCGUUCCAAAUAACAGUGGCUGCUUGAAAUGUCAAUUUACAAAACCUAAUUUUCGGUAUAACUUUUUUAUCCGUCAAAUAUUGUGGCCCAUCGAAUUCGUGGAACUGAAACAAUCAGCGAGAUGUGCACUAACGUGUCGGUGGUGUGUCCCUCGGUGGUGUACGCUUCCAUGCUCUCUGAGCUCAUCUGCUGCCCUGACAUUCAGGAAGGCUUUCUGCUUGGGUCGUCGACGGAUCACACGCGCACGCAGAUCACCGACGCCGACAUGGGCGCGCAGACUAGCCACACGACGCGGCACAUUUCAUCGUACCUGCCAAUGGACGGGCUAGGUGAGAUGUACAGCGGCAGCGGCGCCGUUAGAGACGACACGCUCGCUAGGGUCACAGAGUUCGCCCAUGCCAACCAUUUGAGCGUGGUGGGCUGGUGCUGA